CACUGACCUUGCGAUCCAGGAACAGCCACAGCCAGACGAGUUCUUGCGGCGCCCCGGGGCAGAUUUGGUUAUCGCCACGAUGCGGUGACCUUGAAUUUAACACAAAAAUUACUGCUGUGUAAGUCUCUAACCACUACCCUUUAGUUCAGGCACGUCAACGUAUCAUUCUGGAGCUCGUUUCAAAAUAACCUGGGACGUUCUUUCAGUGCAGGCCACGUCCAGGUCACUCUGCUCAAGUGAAGGCUGCUCGCUGAGUACAGAAACCAGGAUUAGACCCGUGGUUUGCAACUGCACACACUCACAGCCUGUUGUAUUUGACUGUUGCCCACUGAGCACAGAGUUACACAUUCAAUGCAUUUUCCUAAACAAAUUAUUCCCCAUUAUUUUAAUCUUUCCAAGUUGUAUUUAAAGAGAAUGGACGAGGCUGGAUCCCCUGCCCCUGGUUCCUCUCCCACACUCGUUUGGAGGUUUCUUUGAACUGUUUUCUCCAAAAUAGACAAAUCAUGGUCCCCGAGCUGCUGCUGUGCUUGAGCUUUGCUCACGCAGCAGCGCUCAAACCCACCUGCCUGUCGGCCCAGUUCCGAAAGCCAGGGGAUUAUAUCCUGGGGGGCUUGUUCCCGUUUGGAAUGGACGCGGGAAACCUGACGGCACGAUCCGAGCCCACGUUAGUGGCGUGUGAAAGGUUAUUUGCAGAAGGGCUGAUAUGGGCUCUCGGGAUGAAGUUCGCUAUUGAUCAGAUCAACAACUCCACGUCGCUGCUCCCGGGAGUGACGCUGGGCUACGACGUGUCGGACACCUGCUCCGAGCCGCUGGUGGCCCUGCAGCCCACUUUGCUAUUUCUGACCCAAAACGGCACAACGGGCAUCGGCGUCCUCUGCAACUACACCGACUACCAGCCGCGCGUCACCGCGGUCAUCGGGCCACGCAGCUCAGAUCUCUGCCUCGUAACCGCCAAACUGUUCAGCUCCUUCUUGAUCCCACAGGUCAGCUACGGAGCCAGCAGCGAGAGGCUCAGCAACACGGAGUCGUUCCCGUCCUUCUACCGCACCGUCCCCAGCGAUAAGAGCUUGGUGGAAGCCGUGGUCCUGCUGCUGAACGAGUUUGGAUGGAACUGGGUCGGCAGCAUCGGAAGCGACAACGAGUACGGCCGAGGAGCCCAGGGGCUCUUCGUAAGCGUAGCUGGAAAUCACAACAUCUGCGUCGCGUUUGAGGGGCUCAUUCCUACAGACCUUGCAGACCCCAACGCCCAAAAGCAACUGGAAGAUACCAUUAAGACAAUUAACAAGAGCGAAGUCAACAUCAUUGUCCUUUUUGCCUUUAGCCAGGCAGCCCAGGCCCUGCUGGAACACAGCAUCAGGAUGGGACUGAGCGAGAAAGUCUGGAUUGGUACCGAAACCUGGCUAUUGUCUGACAUACCCGCCUCCAUCCCAAACAUUCAGAGCAUCGGGACAGUUUUAGGCUUUAUUACGAAAGCAGGCACAGUCCCCGGCUUCCAGAAAUACGUUGCCGACCUCUUUAGCUCCGUUCAGCAGGAUGAAUUUUGCCAGGAGUCGCGCGAAUCCAACCGCCUCGUGAACCCCGACGGGACGGACACACAUUGCAAACAGUGCGACCACGUCUCGCUGGCCAACGUCUCGUCCGUGCUGAGCCACUCGCGCAUACAGCCGGUUUACACCGCGGUUUACAGCGUGGCGUCCGCGCUGCACCGCGCGCUGGGCUGCGCCCGCCCCCCGUGUCCCCGGGCACCCGUCAGACCUUGGCAGCUGCUGCACUUCAUGAAUAGCUUCCCGUUCGAGGUGAACGGCCGGAGAUUCAGGUUUGAUCAAUCCCACAGCAUCAACACCGGCUACAAGCUGAUAUUCUGGUCAUGGAAAAACGGCACGCUGACCUAUCAGCCUGUAGGUGACUAUGGAGAUUCCUUGUACAUCAACAAGUCCCAGAUCCAGUUUCACACCACCGAUCAAAAGGAGCCGACAUCGGAGUGUUUCAGACAUUGUGAACCGGGACAAUUCAGACAAAUAAAAGGGUCCCAGCUCUGCUGCUAUGACUGUACAGAUUGUCCAGAAAACACCUUCUGGAGCACUGAAGACAGCUCCAGCUGCACCCGCUGCCCGCAGCACCAGUGGGCGCCCGCCCGCAGCACACGCUGCCACGACCGCGGCCGCAGGUACCUGUUCUGGAACGAGCCGCUGACAGUCGCGCUGCUGCUGCUGAUGUCCCUGACCGCCUCCCUGAGCGGCGGGGCAGCAGCGCUCUUCUACAAGAACCUCGACACCCCCCUCGUGCAGGUUUCUGGGGGCAAACGGAGCCUCUUUGCCUUGUUCUCGCUCCUGCUGCUGUCUCUCAGCUGCUGCCUCUACAUAGGGAAGCCCAGUGACCAGCUUUGCGCGAUGCAGCAGAUGGUCUACGCCCUCUGCCUCAAUGGUUGCUUCUCCACCUUCUUCAUCAAGUCCCUGGAGAUCGCGCUGGUGACGGAAUUCCCUCGCUGCGCCCCCACCUUCUUGCGCUGGGUGACCCAGCGCCGGGCCUGGCUCCUCGUCGCCUUGUGCCUCCUCACCCAGAGCUUGUUCUGCUUCUUCUACCUUCGCUUGGGACCCGACUAUUCCGCGUCCGACUACGUGUCCCUGCCCACGGAGGUGCUGCUGGUGUGUCACACGCGGUCCUGGGUCGCCUUCGCCCUCGUGCACGGCUACAACGGCUGCCUGGCCCUGGUCUGUCUGCUCUGCACCUUCAUGGUCCAGACGGUGGGUAAGACGUACAACAUCGCCAGGGGCAUCACAUUCGCCGUCCUCAGCUAUUUCAUCAUCUGGAUCUUCUUUGUCGCUUUUUUCGCCACGCUGAAGACGGUCCUCAGGUCUGUUACCCAGAUCGGGACCGUUUUGACAACCAGUCUGGGGAUCUUGGGGACCUACUACAUCCCUAAAUGCUACAUCAUCUUGUUUAGGCCUGAUCUGAACACAGUGGAUUAUUUCCAGAAUUCCAUCAAGGAGGAGCCAGAGAAGGACUCCCAAUAAACAGACAAUAAACCAGAUCCAUUGUCUCCUCCUCUUCCUCAAUAGAAGCUGCCUGUAUUUAAAUGGGAGAAUUCUAUUUAUGAUGACUCUAUAAGCUACAGUCCCAGGCACAAUCACCAUAUAAAAUACCACCUUAUCCAGUGAGCUGAGUGCUAAGACCAGAAAUUUUAAGCUGCAAAAGCACAGGACUAAAGCAAAAUGCUCCCAGCCAUCCGUCCUUUCUGUAGUUAACCACCCAUUUCAGCACCCAAAAGAGUUUUCAAAUAUAUUCAACAGCACAGGAUUAAUAACUUGAAAAGCAGAGGGAAUCACCUGAAAAGGUGUGAGAUUAUAGAGCACAACUAGAAAUCCUGGUGAUUAACCAAUGAUACUUUUCUCUUGACUUCUUUGUCACAAAAUCCACAUCCACCCCAGUACGUAAAGGCAGCUGUAUGCAUGAUAUAAAGAGCACAUUACCCAUUCAAAUUUCAAUUCACUCAUUUGUGUUUCAUUAACGUGCGUUUGCAAAGAACAUGGAAAUGAGGGCAAGACGCACGGAAGUGAAUAAUGUGCAAAUCACAAUACCCCAAAGUCACAGCAAAAGCUCCUCUCACCUCAAAAAACCACACGAAGAUCCCCAGAGAGAAACCAUCUCAUCUGCAAAGGGCACAGAACACCCUGCAUUCAUACACACAACUGGACCCAACGCUUUCUAACCGAUGCCAUCUUACUUAUCCGUUCAUAAACCCGGUAAAAGUACAAUUGGACUCUGAUACAACUGCUAAAAAACUAGUUUUAUGUUACUGAAAUUAAGCAAAUAGCCAAGAACAAAUAGUACCCCAAAGUGAAAACUUCCCCCUCGUUUCACAUUCCUAUCUAACGGUACCAAGUAACUAUAGUUAUAGCACUAAGACAUUUUCUUUUCCCCACUCACUUUGCCAAAAAACUCUAUUGCUAUUUCAUUCCUCAUAUAAAAGUUUCUCCAUCUGCCCACUACACGCUAUUGGAAGUUAACUCAUCAAUUCAGCUCAAAGAAUUUGCUAAUUAAUCUAAAGCAGUGAAUAUUUAAAACAAAACCAAAAAGGCUUUUGCUGCAUUGCAGACCCAACUGUCCCACAUUUCUGGGAUACCUGCAAAUUAAAUUCUCCUGGCGUAUUUGAGGAAAUACGUGAAAACGUGGCCAAAGCGCUCCCCGGUGUGAUUACAGACAAUAAAAACUGACCUGAAGACUGAACUUCUUGUUUCCGGAGCCGGCAGCGAGUCCUUGGGAACACUUGUUGCGCCUGAGAUUGCAGCAGUAAAUCCUCCUUUCAUAGCAGAGAAGCAUUAAAGCAACUUUCGCUCAUCAUUCCAAAA